AAUGUUUACUUGAAUAUUAAUCGAGAUAAAUGCAAACCUAAUUAGUUAUACAAGCUUUAUAUUAAUUUUAUAAAUUUUAUUUAAAGUGCUUUGUUUAUGUCGUAUAUGUGAAGGAGCCCUUUUUCAGAACUCGCUUCGGACCCCCGAAAUCUCAGGGCCGGCCCUGAUUAAUGUUACAUAUAUGUAUAAAUUAUGUUCAAAUUUUAAUAUAUUUUGUGUAUGUUAAAAGAAAAGAAUGUUCGUAUAACAUCCAAUUAUAUAAAAUUGAAAUUGUACACCGUAUCUUAUCUACAGCAUUAGUGCUACCAUCUGACAAUAUUUUGAAUGAAUCAGAUGACAUUUAAAUUCCCAGUGUGUUUAUGUGUGUUUAGCGCAGUUGAACGUGAUAAGAGUACACGUGUUGUAUUGCGUCAUGAUUAAUAAGAUAUGAUGGUUAAUCGUGUUUGAUGUAUUUAAAAACGUUAAUUGAUAUGAAAAUAUUUUAUUAAUAAGCGUAGUAAUUUAAUAUUGCAACGGAAUUAAAUUAAAAUGUAGUUUAGAAUUCCUACCUCCUUGUUUUGUCGAAUUUUAUGUAUUUUAGUUUGCUGUGAAACAUUUACUUAUUCCAAAUAUGGAAACUAAUGAUCAAGAUAUGGAAUCUGAUAAGGAAAAGAUAAAUGAUACACAUGUGAAUGAAGUAAUUAAUGAGAAUUUAUCGCAAAAGGUUUUGUCUAUAAGAAGCGAGGAAAGUAUCCUUUCUGAAGCAUCCAGAGAAAUUGAAAGUAUCGUGAAAGCAAAUAUACAAAUAAAGAGGAAAUCAGAAGUGUUAAAUGUUGAUGUAAAUAAUGAAAAAAGUAUUAUAGAUAGUUCAAAACAAAAGAAAUUAAAGGAACAAGUUUUAAGUGGAGAGAUAACACCAUUUGAAGCAAUUGAAAAGCAGUCUAAUUUAUCAGAUUCUCAAAGGAUAACUGAUAAGACUUCUAAUUUAUUAGACCUUGAAAAAUAUCUUCGCCAACAGGCUGAACUUGCCAAACAGAGACAGCUUUUAAAAAAAAACCCUAAAACAUCUGGUAACAAAGAUCAAAAGAUUCUUGUUAAAAAUUCAAAAUUAUCAAAUACUGUUUCUGAAGAAGGUAAAGUUGUAGAAAAAGCAAUUCCCAAAACUGCUAAAAGAAAAGCAGUUUCAGAACAUAAAACAACUAAGUAUUUACACAAAGAUGGUAGUAACUAUUGUGAAACACAAAGUACAAAGUCUACUGAAAUUAACAAAGUUACUAAAGGAAAUCAACAUUCAAAAAAUACAUCAAAUUUUUGCAGUGUUUCAAAAGACGAUACCGGUGAAAGAACAGUUGAAAGUACAGGCAAUAAAGAGUCCAUAAAUGACUCUGGAAGUGAAUAUGUUCCAAGUGAUGAACAGGUUGAUUCAGAAGAUGAAGUAUCUUCAUUCAAGAAGAAGAAAUCUCAUACAAGAUCUGGUCAUGUAAGAAGAGUUCUAGAUGAUGGAGAUGAAGAAAUGUACAGACACAGAGUGGAAUCAGGUGGUUUCUCAAAGAAUAAACCUCUACAUAAAAUAGAUAAUCUAUUUAAAGUUCCACAGUCCAUAUGGAAAAAAUUAUACAGGUAUCAAAGGGUGUCUGUACAAUGGCUUUGGGAACUCCAUUGUCGUAGUCUGGGAGGAUUACUAGGAGAUGAAAUGGGAUUGGGAAAAACAGUUCAAGUUAUUGCAUUUCUUGCAGGUUUAGAUUCUAGUGAAUUGCUUUCCGAUGGUGGAAGAUUUAGAGGGCUGGGACCAACGAUAGUCAUUUGCCCAGCCACAUUAAUGGAGCAGUGGGUAAAGCAUUUCCAUGAAUGGUGGCCUGUUCUAAGAGUAGUUGUCUUACAUCAAUCUGGAACUUAUAGUGGUAAUUUAGAAUAUUUAAUACAUUCCUUGCAAUGUGGUGGCGUACUGGUUACUUCUUAUUCUAGUAUGCUUAAACAUAAAGAAUUACUUGUAUCCACUGAGUGGCAUUAUGUUAUUCUUGACGAAGGUCAUAAAAUAAGGAAUCCUCAAGCAAAGGUUAGUAAAGCAGUAAAAGAAUUCUCGACACCGCAUCGACUGUUAUUAACUGGUAGUCCAAUGCAAAACUCCUUGAAGGAACUCUGGUCCCUUUUUGAUUUCAUUCUACCAGGAAAAUUAGGUACUUUACCUGCAUUUCUAGAACACUGUGCAGGUCCUAUAACUCGAGGAGGAUACGCGAAUGCUUCGCCUCUGCAAGAAGCUACCGCACUUCAUGUUGCUACCAUGCUUAAAGAUGCUAUUACCCCAUACAUGCUUAGAAGAACGAAGCAGGAUGUUCAACAUCAUGUUAGUUUACCGGAAAAGAAUGAGCAGGUAUUAUUCUGCAGUCUAACAGAAGAACAAAAAAAGCUGUAUAAAAGAUACUUAUGUUCUGAAGAUGUUUCCUUUGUAUUGCAUGAAAAGAAACAUACGGAAACCGGAAGAUACAGAGCUCGUCUUUUAAUAGCCUUAUCAGCACUUAGAAAAAUAUGCAAUCAUCCUGACUUAUUUGUUUAUACAAAUCCAGUUGAUUCCGACGAAGAUAUUAACAUGACAGACGAAUCGUUGGAGAAUUUCGGCUACUGGAAACGUUCAGGCAAAAUGAUAGUCGUUCAAUCUCUUCUUAAAAUUUGGAAGAAACAGGGCCACAGAGCAUUACUUUUUACUCAAGGAAGACAAAUGAUGCAUAUUCUAGAAUCUCUGGUGCAACAUGAAAAAUAUACAUAUUUAAGAAUGGAUGGUACUACUCCUAUGUCACAACGGCAAGAAACAAUUAGUUUGUUCAAUAGUAAUACUUCGUAUUUCAUUUUUUUGUUGACUACACGUGUGGGAGGAUUAGGAAUAAAUUUGACCGGGGCAAAUCGAGUGGUUAUUUAUGACCCAGACUGGAAUCCAGCAACUGAUGCCCAAGCUAAAGAACGUGCAUGGAGAAUCGGUCAAAAUAAAAACGUCACUAUUUAUAGACUCAUUACCGCCGGUACUAUUGAAGAGAAGAUAUAUCAUCGGCAGAUAUUUAAAGUGCUACUUUCUAACAAGGUGUUAGAAGAUCCACGUCAACGUAGGUUAUUUAAAACUUCCGAUUUAGUUGAACUUUUUAAUUUCAACGAAUCCAUUGACGGACAUUCUAGUGAAUCUGAUCAAUUGUUUCGAGAAUCAAGGUUGACACCAGCAAGUAGCAAAUUUUCAUCCAGUAAAAUUGAAAAGAUGCGCCGAUUAGCUGCCACGCUUAGUAAGAGUAUAAGUCAGAACACCAUAAAUUCUACACCUGUAGCGCAAACUGCAAAUGUUUCAGAAAACAACAAUCAAACGUCUGAAAGUAGCUCAAAAACGCAAAAGAAUGAAACCGACUUUGUUCCUCCUGAAAAACAUGAAAAUGUAGCUUCUAAUGAAAAUCAGAAUAUCAGUGAAACUGAUACUGAACAAAAUAAAAACAGCAUUGAGCAUAAUACACAAGAUAUUUCAACAGAAAGUGAAAUACAAAAUAAAGAUGAUGCCUCAGAUAAAAUUAAUGCAGAAAACCUGCCUAGUGAUUCAAAUAAAUUGGAUCAUAAACGGAAACGAAGUAGAAAAAGAUCAGACAAACAUGUAGCUUCUGCUAUGUUCGAAGGUGAACGUGUUUCAUACUUAAUUGGACGACGUCUUGGACAUUCUGAAACAGAUCAUUCUACUUCGACCGAGGAUGAUCAAUAUGUGUUAGAAAAGUUGUUUGCCAAAGCAAGUGUUACCUCUGCUUUUCAACAUGAUACAGUACUGUCAAAUUCAAAAUAUAAUUCGGAUGAUAGCAAUCCGAUGCAACGUUUGGCACGUGAAACAGCGCAAGAAAAUAUGGAUAAUAUUCGUAAAUCCCGAAAGUGGUGUUGGAAACCUACAUGGGAUUCCACAUCCUUAAAAAAUGACUGAUUCGUUUGUAAAGAUGGUAUAAAUAACAUGUAAAUUUAAUAGAUAUUUAUUGAUAAUUCAGUUCUUAAGGAAAAAAUGAU